CAAUGUCAUAUUUGACAAUUAAACUAUCAAAAUACACAAAACAGAAUGAUAGCAACGUAAAUUUUGACCGAAAACAUUUGGUAAAUCGAAAAGUAUUCCAAGCGCUACCUCAGUGUUUGAUGGAAAAUAUGUCCGGAACAAAAUUAGACAUUCUCUGGUCACCGGUGCACCAUGAUAAAUUUAUUGUUUGGGGUCCUGACAUAACCUUAUACGAAGUUGCAAAACUUUCGGAAAUAGAGAAGAAAACUACAUUUAGUCAGAUAUCGUCAACGCGAGGUGCGACGGUGGUUGCAUCGCAGAGCGCUAGCGGCGUGCGCUGUGUGGACAUCAGUGCUAUAGCUGAUCAUCCUGACCCCCUGCUUGCGCUGGGACACGCCAGUGGUAGAGUUACACUCGCCAGCCUUAAACAGACUUAUGAUCCAUUAGGACUUGUUGGAAGAGAGUUUGUGCCCAAGUAUGGACGUCCCUGUAAUGGGUUGUCAUGGAAUCAUGAUGAGACCAAUCUUGUUGCUGUGGCAUUGGACAAGCACCGCAGCGACCACUGUAUCCAAGUUUGGGAUGCAAACAGAUCUUCUCUAUCAACUGAUGAAUUUACAGAUAAUACUUCUGCACUACAAUCGGAGCCGGCACGGCCUAUUGCAGAGCUUGCCUUGUCAGAGACGGCUCACAGUGUGGCCUGGACGGACCUCGGGAACCGCACCCUUGCUGCUUCCAUGAACAUGAAGCAUAUAAAGAUUUAUGACCUCAGAGAGCAGAGCGGGCCGGGGUAUGUUACAAAGUACUCUGUGAUAUACUUUUUGAAUGCCUGGGUGCAUACCUCAUUCUAG